UUCGAUUUCUCCCUUCGAGCAAGGUGCGUCUACUUUGAAACAAUUUCGACAAAAUUCGUGAGUACCUCAAAUUGAAAAUGUCAAGAUCACGACGGACGUGCGUUUCAUCACUUGGGAAGUCGUUUCCACAGUUAGUAAGUAGUGGACAAACGGUUUGGUUGUUUCAAAUUUUCUUUCUCUUGUCGACUCUGAUCGUUCAGAGCCAACAGCAAUUCAAACUGACACUAGUCCCGAGCGGUGAUGAACAGGUGGUUGAAGCCGGUUCAACUGUAACAGUCACCUGUAUAUUGGCCGAUUACUUAAUUCUUCCCGAGCUGUCAAACGUGACGUGGACGACUGAAAACAGAAGAAACAUACAGGAUAUUGGCGGACGCCUGAAUUUGACUAGUAACACAAACGGCACCCACCUAAUAUCAAUGCUUACGUUAAGAAACGCAACAGCUGAAGACACAGGCUAUUUCGAAUGUAGCCAUUUAAUGUACUCCAGAAGAACAGUUUCGUCCCUCCGUCAAUACGUUUACGUUUACAGCUAUGAACAACUCGUCUUCGUACAAGACCAAGAAGAUCAAGAACAUCAAAGUUAUUUCAUCGCCGAAACAGGACAAGCUUUCACCGUCCCGUGCAAACCCACUCAUCCGAACGUCACCGUCGCUCUAUUUAAGGGAAAUCCACUCACCAAUUUUUCUGAGGUUUGGUUAUCCCAAAACAAUUCGGUGUGGUCGUUUGAACCGACGAGAGGAUUCACAAUAAAGAACAUUAGGGUUAAUCUAAAUGAAGAUACUCUUUACUUUUGUACUGGAACGCUGGACGUCAUCAAAGGAAAACGCGUCAAAAUUUCCGAAAAAAGAAUUGACGAUGACUUCCCAAAUUUUUUAAAAGGGUUUUUACCGAAAGAUAAGCUGCCAAUUACAGACUUUGCACCCUUCCUUUUAGGCGUAAUAGGAAUGGAACUGGAAAGGGUCGGCGAACCAAACGAUCCCGUAGAAGGAAGUAACGUCACUUUAAUCUGCAGCAUUUCAGCAUUACAAAGAAUGAGUUCGUCCCUUAUUUCAAUGUGGUCCUAUCAAAUCAAAGGCAACGGAGGAAUGCAAAUCAUUGAUGACAAAAACCCAGCACCACCAGGUAUCCUCACUACGGAAAAGAAUAAUAUUGGUGAAACUUAUACGUAUAGAGUUGACAAACGACUGUACCUGCACACCGUUAACCUUGGCACACCCUACACAAGAUUCCAAUGUUCAGUAAACAAUAGAAGGAGGGAUCGAAAAGAGAUUUCUUUCACAAUAAAAGAAAUAAACAACGAACCAGUAGUUAAUUCUAUCGCAUUGAAAAAUGAAACAGCCCAGAAUUUAACGUGCAACCGAUUAUCGCAACAUGUCAAAGUUCAGUGGUUCAAGAAUAACAGGAAAUACACCGGCAUAAUCUUCGAAACUGAAAUCGCGUCCGUUUUGCCACUCGAAGGAAGAGCAACUGAAAAUGGAACCUACGAAUGUCGGUGGAACAACAGCCGUGGCGAAGCGAGGCACAGGCAGUUUAUUGUCAGUUUCAUUAGAGUUGGAAUAAUCGACUCAAGUGAAGCAAAAUCAUUUGCUACAGUCAACGGAAUUUCAAUAACUUUUGCAGUUUUAUUUGCAAUUGGAGUUGGAAUCAGUAUCAAAAUUUACCUCGACAAGAAAAAGGUGGAAAAAUCCCUUGAAAGUAGACUGAAUGGCGACCCAGGCAAAAUCGACCCGGAUGUGCCGAUGGAAUAUCAAACGGAAUUCCUGCCCUACGACAAGAAAUGGGAAUUUCCCAGGAAAAGACUCAGACUUGGCCAACAACUGGGAGCUGGUUGUUUCGGGCGAGUCGUCAAAGCGGAAGCCGUGGGCAUUGGAGGAACUGAAACGGUGACCACAGUGGCCGUUAAAAUGGUUAAAGCAACUGCCCAGUCUGAUGACGCCUUGGCCGCUCUCAUCAGAGAAUUAAAAAUCCUCAUCUACAUGGGAUCGCACGUUAACGUCGUUAAUUUACUAGGGGCCUGCACCAAAACUAAUAACAAAGAAGAACUUUUGGUCAUCAUCGAUUAUUGUCGUUUCGGCAACAUACAAACAUAUUUGACAAAACAUCGCGACCAAUUCAUCAAUAAAUUGAACGAAUUCGGUGACUUGUCAUCACUUACUGAAACGGCGGAAACGGAAAUUAAUGAAAACGACAACAUCAACGAAGGAAACCCUCCCGUAUCAACAGUGGAUUUAAUCAGAUGGACUUUGCAAAUAGCUCGUGGGAUGGAAUUUUUGUCCAGCAAAAAGAUUCUGCACGGCGAUUUGGCCGCCCGCAAUGUCCUUUUAGCCGAUCACGGAAUCGUCAAAGUUGCCGAUUUCGGAAUGGCAAGGCAAAUGAAGGAUUACGAAUACGAGAAAAAGGGAGAGAGCUUAAUACCGAUCAAGUGGAUGGCGAUUGAAUCGCUUACAGCUAAAAUUUUUUCCAGUCAAUCGGAUGUCUGGUCCUACGGGAUUCUCUUGUGGGAAAUUUUCUCCCUCGGCAAAGUCCCAUACCCAGGAAUGAAUGGCAGGGAACUAAUGGAAGAUAUUCAAAAUGGAUAUCGAAUGACACCACCGGAAUAUUCUCCAAAUUUCUUCGGCCAAAUUAUGAAAAAUUGUUGGGAGAAAGAUCCAAAGCAAAGACCGAGAUUCUCUCAACUGUCAGAAAUGAUCGAAAAAUACGUGGAGUCAUUUGUCAGCAUCGACUAUUUAAAUAUAAAUUCCUCGUGUGAAAAUGGUGCAAUCAACGAGAUACUCGAACCUACUGCGACCAGUCGUUUAGAUAUCGUGACAAUUUUAAAUGAGAUCCGGCAAUCAGCUGAUGUGAACUAUUCUAUUGGUUAUUCAGAAUUGCAAGCAAAAUAGGCAACGUGACCUGCUUAACUAUGAUCAGUUAUCUUCACAAAAUGGUCUGAAUUUCUUCUAUUGGCAAAAUACACAACGCUGUUCAAAACUAGCCGGUAGCGCAUCAUCGAUAAGGAAGACGUAUCCUGCAUCAUGUUUUACACAAAUCGUGCGGGAAAACAAACGUUGACAUUUUCGUCUUAAUGUAGAUUUGAAUUAAUAAAAAUGUGACCCAUAAAUAUCAAGACACU